UAUGUCAACAUUUUGCGUCAUUUGACAUUUCUCGAAAAUGUAGAAACUUUGUUUGCAGCUGGUUUUCCUCAAUUUUGUUUUUCAAUUAAUAAAUAUUGGAAAUAUUGAUAUGUGACUUAUAUUCAUCUACUUAUGAUAAUAUGUAUCAUAAAGACUAUAGUAACUUUGUCCGACCAACAAAUAAUAGUGGAGUUGUCAAACCAUCUAUAAACAUUCCGAAUAUAACUGGUGAACAAGCCAAGAAACUUUAUCUGGAAGAAGUUCAGAAUACGGACAGCCACAGCAUAAUUUCUUCCACCAAUAGAAGUAAGAUAAGAGAUAAAACAAGCCGCAAUCGUAAGAGGAAUUGUGUGAAACUCUCGGACAGAGAGCUGUUUAAAUGUGUUCAAAACAAUGAUGUCGAAAUGAUAAGCGUCGCAUUAGAUACAUCACCCGAUAAGAUUAACAUUGUAGAUGAGUUUGGGUGGAGUCUACUCAUGAUAGCAUGUCAAGCAAACUCUUUAGAAACUGUGAAAGAUCUAUUAAAGCGCGGAAUUGAUACAUCGAUUAGAGAUAAGGCUGGGAAUUCUGCACAAAGUUUAGUUAUAAAAAACAAAAAUUACAUUUUAGCUGAUAUAUUACUUACUCACAAAUCCAAUGAAGAUGCGGAGGUGUCAAAAACAACUAAACAGAUUAAGGUUAAGCUAAAAGAGGAAUACAAGUGUGAAAUUUGUAAUAAUGUAACAUUCCCUGAUAAACAGGAGCAUCUAUCAUCCACAGUUCAUAAUAUAAAUGCCAGCAAAGGGAAGAAAUUGCCUGCAAACUAUGUGAUACCUCAAACUAAUAAAGGUUAUCAACUUAUGGUAAAAGGAGGUUGGGAUAAAGAAACAGGUUUAGGUCCCAAUGGUGCUGGCACUAAAUAUCCAAUUAAAACUGUAAUGAAAAAAGAUAGAACAGGUCUAGGUCUAAAACCUAAAAAGGGAAGCAGUGUAGUGAAGGAAUCACCUAAAGUGAUAAAUAGGAAUAUUUUGGCUAGAGAACAGUACAACAAUAGAAGAAGAGAAAUCAAUUUUAGAAGAGAAUUUUACUAACAUUUAAUACUAAUAUAAUAACAUCAACAUCAAUCAUCAUCAUUAAAUUAAAAGACAAUUAUGCUUACUGUUUAUAUGAACACUAUACAUGAUAUUUUAUAAAUAUGUAUCAUAAAUAAAAGAUGAAUGAUUCAAGUAAAACUUUGCUUUGUUCU